UUUCCAGGGGAACCGUCUGGAAGCCGCCCCCCCUUGCUCCUUCCAAUAACUGCCGCCUUUGUUGUCGUUGCCGCCAUGUUGAUGCUGGGCCGUGGGCUGGAUGCCAGGGACAAUCAGACUCGUCAAGUACGAGAAUCUGUGUCAAACGUGGAAAAACAUUUUGGUGAAUUGUGCCAAAUAUUUGCAGCGUAUGUACGAAAAACUGCCAGACUGCGAGACAAAGCAGAUCUUCUAGUAAAUGAGAUACAUGCUUAUGCAGCUACAGAAACACCAAGUUUAAAGCUUGGAUUGCAAAAUUUUGCAAACGAGUUUUCCAAACUUCAAGAUUAUCGCCAGGCAGAGGUAGAAAGACUCGAAGCAAAAGUUGUUGAACCUCUGAAAUGUUAUGGGACCAUCAUAAAACUUAAGAGAGAGGAUCUCAAAGCAACUUUAGCAGCAAAGAAUCGAGAAGCAAAACAGCUCUCACAGCUUGAAAAAACACGCCAACGAAAUCCGUCAGAUCGGCACAUUAUUUCACAGGCUGAAAGUGAAUUACAAAGAGCUUCAUUGGAUGCCACUCGGAUAAGUCGGCAAUUGGAGGAAACCAUUGACAACUUUGAAAAACAAAAAAUAAGUGAUAUAAAGAAAAUAUUUUCAGAAUUUCUAACAAUUGAAAUGCUAUUCCAUGGAAAAGCCUUAGAGAUUUACACUGCUGCCUACCAAACUAUACAAAAUAUUGAUGAGAAUGAAGACCAAGAGCGAUUUCGAAGUUCACUUUAUCAGUCAGACCAUCAGUCUCGUUUGGAUAUUGUCCGUGCGAAUUCAGAGUCUCCCCUUCAGAGGACUGCUUCAUCCAAAUCUUGUCCUGGAAUAGUACAGAUUUCCAGGAAUCGGUUGAAAAAGGAGGAAGAGGAUGAGGAAGAUGAAGAGGAUGAGGAAGAUGAAUAUGAAGAUUAAGAAUUAGAAACCAAAGAGAGAAUAUUUGGGAUACCUCCAGUCUCAGUAAUUCUUAAACUGCGGACUGCAGAAUGCAGAGGGAAACUCAGAUAUCAUGCAGUUAAGAGCGAAGAGCUAAAAGCCUUUUCUUGCAUAAGUGCAAAAUGUGUAACUCGCAUCUAA